CUAUCUGCUCUGUGCGGACUUCAGUAUUCGCAGUUUCGCUUGCUCGCUCCUUCCAAAUGGAACGGAUUUUCCUAUAUUCUCUCCUCCUUCUUCUCUCAAUAUUAUCCUCUUCACUCGCAUCCACCGUAUCAUCUAAUGAUGGUUUUGACGACGAAGAACCUUUGAUCAGGCAAGUCGUUUCAUCAGACGACGACGAUGACGAUCAUCUGCUCAACGCGGAACAUCAUUUCUCCCUCUUCAAAUCGAAAUUCGCCAAAACGUAUGCUACCCAAGAGGAGCACGACUACCGAUUCGGUGUUUUCAAGGCUAACUUGCGCCGAGCCAAGCGUCACCAGAUUCUGGACCCCUCAGCUGUCCACGGUGUCACCAAGUUCUCUGAUUUAACGCCGUCUGAAUUUCGUCGUCAGUUUCUCGGUUUGAACAGGCGGCUUCGGCUCCCAGCAGACGCUGAAAAGGCUCCUUUACUACCCACCAACGAUCUUCCCACUGACUUCGAUUGGCGUGACCAUGGGGCCGUUACUGGCGUUAAAGACCAGGGCGCAUGUGGAUCAUGCUGGUCCUUUAGUGCGACGGGGGCUUUGGAAGGAGCUCAUUAUUUAACGACUGGCGAGCUUGUGAGCUUAAGUGAGCAGCAGCUCGUGGAUUGUGAUCACGAUUGUGAUCCAGAAGAAUAUGGUGCUUGUGACUCUGGGUGUAAUGGUGGGCUUAUGACCACUGCCUUUGAGUACACACUCAAGGCUGGAGGACUUGAGCGAGAGGAAGACUAUCCUUACACCGGGACAGACGGUGGAUCCUGCAAAUUUGACAAAAGCAAAAUUGCUGCUACUGUAUCUAACUUCAGCGUUAUUUCCCUUGAUGAAGAUCAAAUUGCUGCUAAUCUAGUGAAGAAUGGCCCUCUUGCAGUGGGGAUCAAUGCAGUUUACAUGCAAACAUAUAUUGGAGGAGUUUCUUGCCCAUACAUUUGCGGGAAGCACUUGGAUCACGGAGUGCUUCUAGUGGGAUAUGGAUCUGCUGGUUAUGCGCCUAUCAGGUUUAAGGAGAAGCCUUUCUGGAUCAUAAAGAAUUCUUGGGGAGAGAAUUGGGGAGAGAAUGGAUACUACAAGAUAUGCAGGGGUCGCAACGUAUGUGGAGUGGACUCCAUGGUCUCAACUGUAGCCGCAGCUAUCCACACAACCUCGCACUAGAUUGUUGAAUUCCCAGAUUAAUAUUUUGGAGGUCGUGCUUAUCAAGUGGAGUGCUUGUAAAUUCAAGUUAUAAUAUAUAUAUAUGUAUCAUAAUAUAGAGAUCAUCCUUCUAUAUAUUUAUCUGAUAUUGUGAACACACUCAGCUGAGGCAGGAACUAUUCAUGC